AAAUGAGCCUUUUCGUAUUUCUUCACGAAAUUUCCGGGAAUGGUCAAGAGAUGUAGGGCCGGAGAUUCGCGUUGUCAAUGAAGCAGGUUUUUGUGUUAAAAUGGCUGUUGGGUUCGCAUCAAAGGUAAGCUCUUGUUUUGUCUGUGUAGUGGAUUAGAAGUGCCGUUGGACUCAAUUCAACAGCUGGAGAUCAUGAAGUUAGGUGCAUGGAGAGGGAAAGACAAGUACUUCUUGCAUUUAAGCAAGGUUUGGUUGAUGACCAUGGUGUGCUUUCCUCCUGGGGAAGUGAAGAAGAGAAAAGGGAUUGUUGCAAAUGGAGAGGAGUUCAGUGUAGCAAAGCAACUGGGCACUUAUUAUUGUUCAGGAUUGCUCUUUAAGAAUUACAUUUCCUCAGUACCUUGGAUCUGUCAUAUAACAACUCUUCUGGGAGAAUUCCAUCCAGCACCCAAUUGCCGAGUCUUCCUGCUUCUGCUUUGUUGCUUUCUGGCAGUUCUGGCUUUCAAGUUAGAUCAUCCCUGGAAACAUGUUUGUUUUCCUGCUGUUCAAUUGCCUGAAGGUCUACCUCAUCAACUUGAAGGACCACCUCUGUUUGACUGUGGCAGCACUUUGUUUGGUGGUUACAGUGAAUGUUGCCAAACUGAGAAGAAAGUUGAAAUUAGAAGUGCUGUUGGACUCAAUUCCACAGCUGGGGAUCAUGAAGUUUGGUGCAUAGAGAGGGAAAGACAAGUACUUCUUGCAUUUAAGCAAGGUUUGGUUGAUAACUAUGGUGUGCUUUCCUCCUGGGGAAGUGAAGAACAGAAAAGGGACUGCUGCAAAUGGAGAGGAGUUUCAGUGUAGCAAAGCAACUGGGCGUGUAAUUGAGCUUAUUCUUCAGGAUUGCUCUUUAAGAGGAAGGAUUUCACUAGAUAUUGGGCAGAUGGGACAGUUGGAGUCGCUUGAUCUUUCACACAACAGGCUUCUAGGCUGGCUUCCUUCAUUCAUGUCCCAGUUACAUUUCCUCAGUACCUUGUACCUGUCAUAUAACAACUUUUCAGGGAGAAUUCCAUCCAGCACCCAUUUGCAGAGCCUUCCAGCUUCUGCAUUUGUUGGUAAUCUUGCACUCUAUGGACUUACUUCCUUUGCCACAAACAUGCCCCAAUGAUGAAAAACCUACAGAUGGAUGUGUCAAAUACAAUCAACAAGACGAAGAUGAAUUCUGGAAAGGGUUUAAAUCUAGUAUGGAACUUGGAAUGGCUUUUGGCUUUUUGUGAGUUCUGGUUUUCAAGUUAGAUCAUCCCUGGAAACAUGUUUGUUUCCUACUGUUCAAUUACCUAAAGGUCUACCUCAUCAACUUGAAGGACCAUGUCUGUCUGGUUACAGUGAAUGCUGCCAACUGCAAAGAAAGUUGAAGUUUUAGAAGCCAUCCCUCCUUUCCUUGGAGCAUGGAGAGGAAGGUUCAAGAGGCAUCUUCAGAAACUUCUAGGACUUUGCUUCUCGUGAGGUGAAAUUCCAGGCUUCCUUCUCAACUACCCCUGUCUUCAGGACAACUGUUUCUAUUCCCUCUUUGUGUGCAAUAAAUUAUUGUUUGUUUCUGUUUUAUGGCAUCAUCUCCGUGUUAUGUAUGUUUAAUUUCACGAUCUUGUUUUUAAGGAAUGAAGAACAAGCUGCAUGCUCUUGAAAUAAGAUGAAAACCUUGAA